GAGCCCCAUAAUAGUUCUGACUAUAAUGACCUUUACAAGUGUGUUAGCUUUACUGAUCGCGGUGGUAGUUGCUACCACCAAUGGUCAGCACAAUCCCAAUUAUUGGCCUGGACGUGAUACCAUGGUUCAUCUUUUCGAAUGGAAAUGGGCAGACAUUGCCAACGAGUGCGAACAGUUCUUGGCUCCAAAAGGCUAUGCUGGUGUUCAGGUUUCUCCUGUAACUGAAAAUGUUGUUGUCAAUGGACGUCCUUGGUGGGAACGUUACCAACCUGUUUCGUACAUAAUUAACACUCGAUCCGGUAAUGAGGCUCAAUUCCGUGACAUGGUGACUCGUUGUAACAAAGUUGGAGUCCGCAUCUAUCCAGAUUUCAUCAUGAAUCACAUGGGUGCUGGUAAUAAUGUUGUAGGAACCGCUGGUUCCUCAGCUCAACCUAAUAACAAAAACUUCCCAGCUGUUCCCUAUUCAUCACUUGAUUUCCACCAAACUUGUUCAAUUAGAAACUAUAAUGAUCGCAAUCAAGUCCGCAAUUGCGAGUUGGUAGGAUUGAAGGAUCUUGAUCAAAGCAAGGACUAUGUUCGUAAGAAGUUCAUUGAUAUUAUGAACAAGCUGAUUGAUAUCGGUGUUGCUGGAUUCCGUUUGGAUGCAGCCAAACAUAUGUGGCCACAAGAUAUGCAGGUUAUUUUGAAAUCCCUUAAUAAUUUAAACACUAAACAAGGAUUCGCUCCUGGUUCCCGACCAUUUAUCUUUCAAGAAGUUAUUGAUAAUGGCGGCGAUGUGAUAAGUCGUGAUGAGUACACCCCCUUGGGAGCCGUUACAGAGUUCCGUCAUUCAGCAAAGAUUGGCAAUAUGUUCAGAAAUGGUGACAAGUUGAAGUAUUUGAGAAACUGGGGUGAAGGUUGGAGUUUCCUUCCCACCAAAUAUUCAUUGAUUUUCGUUGACAAUCAUGACAAUCAAAGAGCCGAAGCUUUGAAUUAUAAAUCAGCCAAAAAAUACAAGAUGGCAGUCGCCUUUAUGUUGUCCUUCCCCUAUGGAAAUCCUCGUGUGAUGAGCUCCUUUGACUUUAGAAAUUCCGAUGAUGCUCCACCAUCAAGUGAUGGUCAGAAUAUUUUGUCUCCAAAAUUCAAUGCUGACGAUUCAUGUGCAAAUGGUUGGAUAUGUGAACAUCGCUGGCGUCAAAUUUACAACAUGGUUGGUUUUAGAAAUGCUGUGGCAGGAACUUCGGUCAAUAAUUGGUGGGAUAAUGGUGGUGAUCAAAUUGCAUUCUGUCGUGGCAAUAAGGGUUUUGUUGCUUUUAAUCAAGAGUAUUAUAAUUUGAAUCAACGUUUGUAUACUUGUUUGCCAGCUGGUACAUAUUGUGAUGUGAUUUCGGGAAAGAAAGUUGGAUCGUCUUGUACAGGUAAACGGAUUGAUGUUGGUCAGGAUGGAAGAGCUCAGAUUAAUAUUAACAACAACGAUGAAGAUGGUGUUUUAGCCAUUCAUAUUGGAUCAAGGAUUUAAAAAUGAAUCUUUAACUUGAAAGUAAUAAAAGAACAUUGUGAUGUAUAAUAAUUGUAU